AUGCAUAUGGAGACAAGGCAGGAUGGGGACCUGCGCCCCUCAGCGGCCCCCAGGUUCACCUGCAUGUGGGCGUGGAAGGGCAGUUCAAAGCCAGAACAGCCAGGAAAAUCUUUGACAUUUGAGGACGUGGCUGUGGAGUUCACACAGGAUGAGUGGCGGUGCCUGACCCCAGCUCAGCGGGCUCUGUACAGGGAGGUCAUGCUGGACAACUACAGGAACCUGCUGUCCGUGGGGCUUAAUGUCUCUAAACCAGACCUCAUCACCGCUCUGGAACAAGGAAAAGAGCCCUGGAGAGGGAAAAAAAAGGAACCAUCAGGAAAAACUAUAGGUAAGUGGAAAUGA